AUGCAGUCAACUUGCACCACAGUGAAAAGCAAUCUUCUAGGAGUGAGUCAUACUUACAGUAAAUGCAUCCAGCAGAGGUACCAGCAGCUUUGGUAUGAAAUGUUCCAUGAAACAAACUUUAGAAUCUGUGAUAGAAAUAGACAACUGCUCGAUGGUCAGUUAAGCAGCCAUCUGUUAUCCUAA